CCCUACAUAUAUAUAGGCAUUGUCGUGUGCGUGCUAGAGCUCUGUCUGGUUUUAUAAACUGAUUAGAGCGUGGGUUCUAUGAAUCAAGGAUGCUUCCUGAUGGCUAGGGGGUUCCCUGAAAGAGCUGGUGUGGAUUGAUAGCGUUUGGGUUUCUGCGUGGAGUGGCUGUGACAUGUAUCGGGGACUAGAAUGAAUCUGAAUUGUGUGUAGGGAUUGGCUAUCUUCUUUGUUAUUGUAGGUAUUUUGUUUCAGAUAAAUAUAGAUAUCUUUGAAUCUAUGAGUAACUACAUGUUCAAUCUUGAUCCAAAGUUUAUGCCUUUGCAGUAUGAUUCGACUAUUUAGUUCACAUCCUUUUGUCUCUGCAGAUUCUAAUGCAAUUUUAAACUUUUCUUGUGAGUCAUUUUGCGCACUGCUACCCUUUGGAUAAAUUAUUUGCUCUAUCUAAAGCAGGGCUCCCGUGAAACUAUUCAUGCCGAUUUUGCUAAUUUAUGAUGUGUAGAUUAUUUGAUCUAAUGUAUUGUCUGCUUACUCUUGGGAGUGUGGAUGACUGUGCUUAUUCUACAUAUUAUGUGCAAGCAUAGUGUUCCUUGCACGGGCAUGAUGAUGAGCGAAUAAUCAUAGUUCUCCGAUUGCAUACUUUUGACAUUGGGCGGGGCUCCCAUGUUUGUAUUCAUGGCCAAUCUGGCUAAUUUAUUAUUAGUAGAUUGUUUGGUCUAAUUUACUGCUUGCUUACUCUUGGGAGUGUGGACGACCGUGAUUUGCUAUCUGCUUAUUCUGCUUAUUAUGUGCAAGCAUAGUGUUCCUUGCACGAGCAUGGUGAUGGGAGAAUAAAUCGUAGCUCUCUGAUGCAUCCUUUUGCCAUAGGUGACGUUCUAGGAAAAGAUCCUUGUGCACAUCUGAAUUGUUUACAUGAAAACAAUUCAACAAGCUAAAUAUGAACACAAGAAAUUGUGUAUCUUAGAUACCAUUCGGGGCACAUACAGUGUUUUCUAUUAGUAGAAGCAAGGUAGACACAAGACAGGGAUAUAUUGAGGCUAAGAACAUAUUUUUUAGUUUGUUUAGCCAUUGUUCUUUUUUACAUGUAAUCGGUUCGUUCAUUACAUGGGAACCCGGACUUGCAUUGGUGCCAAGUUUGGCUCACACAUUUACAAGCUUUUAUCUGAUUUACUUGCAGUUUGUACAACACACACAAUUUGGAUCAAGUGCAUAAGCCAAUAGCUGGAGAUCUAAAUUAAAAUUGGGGUGUUUCUGUUAAGGCCUCUAGAUCACAGUUCAGUAGAGGGAGGUCAGCUGUAGCGGAAUUUCACAUGCUGCAGUAACAAGACAUACACAUGCAUUGACUGUGUGCCCCCUGCAUUUAAUUGUAAUUGCGUUGCCGAUGGAGCAGGGAACAAAUCAAACUUCUCAUUCAGAACUAUUUAUGGGGAACCCAGACAUUUCUGAAGUGAAACAUUGAUGACCCUUGGAUUAUAAUUCUGGUUCUGCUUGUUCUCUGGUCAUCCUAACAGUGGAACAUCUUGUGCUCAUAGCUUUUCUUUCUGCUGGUCUGCUUCUUCCUUGUGCCAAAGGAGCUGAUCUCAACUCUGACAAACAAACCCUUCUGGAAUUUUCUGCAUAUCUUCCUCAUCCAAGAAAAAUAAACUGGUCCCUCACAACCCAGGUCUGCACAUCCUGGGUUGGGGUUACAUGCACACCAGACGGGAAGCGUGUUCGUAUGCUGCGACUACCUGCAGUAGGACUGUUUGGUCCUAUGCCCUCCAACAUACUUGGCAAGCUUGAUGCCUUGGAGGUGCUAAGCCUUCGGUCCAAUUGUCUUACUGCUGGCCUCCCCACUGAUGUAGCAUCCAUUCCAUAUCUGCACUCUCUCUACCUUCAGCGCAACAACUUGUCAGGCACAAUACCUACUUCCCUAGCUUCAAAAAUAACGUUCCUCGACCUGUCGUACAACUCAUUUGUCGGAGAAAUCACAUUGAAAGUGUAGAAUAUGACUGGGCUUACUGGGUUGUCUCUCCAGAACAACUCACUUUCUGGACCCAUCCCUGAUCUUCACCUCCCUAAACUGAGGUAUUUGAAUUUGAGCUACAAUAACCUUAGUGGGCCCAUUCCAGCUGCUCUGCAGAAGUUUCCAGCCAAUUCUUUCUUGGGGAAUGCUUUUCUAUGCGGGCUUCCCCUGGAACCAUGUCCAGGAGCAACACUUUCUACUCCUUCUAAUGCAGCACCUCCCCCGAAUUCUAAAGAUGGUCCCAAGACCAUAGUCAUUGCAGCAGCUGUUGUAGGAGGGCUAUUAGUUAUUGUUGUCAUUGCGAUAAUCUUGGUACUAUGCUGCUUCAAGAGGAAGGGAGGUGGGGAUCCUGAGGAAGCAGAGAGGAACAAGCCAAGAGCUUCAUCAUCCAAAGGCAAAGGAAGAGCAGAAUACAGCAGUGGUAUCCAAGAAGCAGAGAGGAACAAGCUAGUUUUCUUUGAGAGCUGUUCUUAUGAUUUCGACUUGGAUGAUCUGUUGAGGGCUUCAGGUGAAGUCAUUGGAAAAGGAAGCUACGGUCCGACCUACAAAGCUGGUCUUGAGGAUGGCACGACAGUGGUGGUCAAGAGGCUGAAGGAGGUGGUGGCGGGAAAGAAGGAAUUCAAACAGCAAAUGGAGAUAAUCGACAGGCUUGGCCAGCACCAGGGUGUUGUUCCCUUGCGUGCUGUCUAUUACUCCAAGGACGAGAAGCUCUUGGUCUAUGACUAUGUUACACCGGGUAGCCUUUCAGCUGCUUUGCAUGGGAACAGAUCUGAUGGAAGAGCACCACUGGACUGGGAGACGAGAGUGAAGAUAUCGCUCGUCGCCGCACGAGCGAUCGCUCAUCUUCACACCGGAGCAGGCGGCAAGUUCAUCCACGGCAACAUCAAGUCGAGCAACGUCCUCCUCUCGCGGGAUCUCAGCGUGCACGUCUCCGACUUCGGCCUCUUGCAGCUCAUGGCCCCCCUUCAGUUCCACCCGCGGCUCGUCGGGUACCGCGCGCCGGAGGUCCGGCAGGCCAAGAAGCCGACCCAGAAGUCGGACGUGUACAGCUUCGGCGUGCUGCUACUGGAGAUGCUGACAGGGAAGGACCCCCUCUGGUCCCCCAGCCGCGACGGUUACGUUGGGCACCUCCCGAGGUGGGUGCUGGCCGUGGUCCGGGAGGAGUGGACCUCGGAGGUGUUCGCCGAGGACCUGCAGAGGCAGCCCAACACCGAGAACGAGAUGGUGCAGCUGCUCAAGGUGGCCAUGGCGUGCGUCACCAUUUACCCCGACCAGCGGCCGAGGAUGGAGGAGGUCGUGAGGAGGAUCGAGGAGAUCCGUAGCUCCGGCUCCAGCUCCGGCCCCGGGACGACGACGAGGACCUGCCCCGAGGACAAGCCAAGGGAGGAGCACAUCCAGAUCACCUGACCUCAGUGGCGUAGUUGCGAGGUGGCCAGCGUGGUCGCCCAAUAGUUCUUUCUAACCUAGUAUAAGGUUGCUUGGGUGGCCAGGGUGGUCGCCCAUUAGUUCCAGAUCACCUGACCUCCAGGAUGCUCCCUCGAUUUCGAUUGAUUUGGUCCAUCGGAUGGUGGUGAAACUGCUAUUCCUUGUGUUCGUUGACGUUGGAUCUUUGCUGAAUUUUUUUAGUGUUGAAUG